GUGGCGGCCGGAGCCGGGACCUGCGGCGGCCUGGGCUCCACGUGUGCGAGUUGCUAUGAUGGAAGUCAAAGCGAAAAAAAAAUUUACAGGAAAAAGUACAAAGACAUCACAAGAAAAAAACAGAUUUCGUAAAAACAGUGAUUCUGGUUCUUUAAAGACGUUCCCAAGAAAAGUUCUUAAGGUGGGUGGACCUAAAAUCACACCUAAGAACUUUGAGAAAAGUGCCACAAAGCCAGGGAAAAAGGGUGUGAAGCAGUUCAAGAAUAAGCAGCAAGGGGAUAAAAUACCAAAGAAUAAAUUCCAGCAGGCAAAUAAAUUCAGCAAGAAGAGGAAAUUCCAGCUGGACGGGAAAAGUGAUGAAUCAGCAGCCAAGAAACCCAAAUGGGAUGAUUUCAAAAAGAAGAAGAAAGAACUGAAGCAAAGCAGACAACUUAGUGAUAGAACCAACUAUGACAUUGUUGUUCGGGCAAAGCAGAUUUGGGAGAUCUUACGAAGAAAAGACUGUGACAAAGAAAAAAGAGUGAAGUUGAUGAGUGAUCUGCAGAAGUUGAUUCAAGGAAAAAUUAAAACUAUUGCAUUUGCACAUGAUUCAACUCGUGUGAUCCAGUGUUACAUUCAGCAUGGUAAUGAAGAACAGAAAAAACAGGCUUUUGAAGAACUGCGAGAUGAUUUGGUUGAAUUAAGUAAAGCUAAAUAUUCCAGAAAUAUUGUUAAGAAAUUUCUCAUGUAUGGGAGUAAACCCCAGAUUGCAGAGAUCAUCAGAAGUUUUAAAGGCCACGUGAGGAAGAUGCUCCGGCACGCAGAGGCCUCGGCCAUUGUGGAGUACGCUUACAAUGACAAAGCCAUCUUGGAGCAGAGGAACAUGCUGACAGAGGAGCUCUACGGGAACACAUUUCAGCUUUACAAGUCAGCAGAUCACCCAACUCUGGACAAAGUAUUAGAGGUACACCCAGAAAAACUAGAGCUUAUCAUGGAUGAAAUGAAACAGAUUCUAACGCCAAUGGCCCAAAAGGAAGCUGUGAUUAAGCACUCUUUGGUACAUAAAGUAUUCUUGGACUUUUUUACCUAUGCACCCCCAAAGCUAAGAUCAGAAAUGAUUGAAGCCAUCCGUGAAGCAGUGGUAUACCUGGCCCACACACACGAUGGUGCCAGAGUGGCCAUGCACUGCCUGUGGCACGGCACUCCCAAGGACAGGAAAGUGAUUGUGAAAACAAUGAAGACUUAUGUUGAAAAGGUGGCUAAUGGCCAAUACUCCCAUUUGGUUUUACUGGCGGCAUUUGAUUGUAUUGAUGAUACUAAGCUUGUGAAGCAGAUAAUCAUAUCAGAAAUUAUUAGUUCCUUGCCUAACAUGUUAAAUGACAAAUACGGAAGGAAAGUCCUACUGUACCUACUAAGCCCCAGAGAUCCUUCACAUACAGUACGAGAAAUCAUUGAAGUUCUGCAGAAAGGAGAUGGAAAUGCACACAGCAAGAAAGAUACAGAGAUCCGUCGCCGAGAGCUCUUAGAAUCCAUCUCUCCAGCUUUGUUAAACUACCUGCAAGGCCACGCCCAAGAAGUGGUUCUAGAUAAGUCUGCCUGUAUGUUGGUUUCUGACAUUCUGGGAGCUGCCAUCGGAGACGUUCAGCCUGCCAUGAAUGCCAUCGCCAGCUUGGCAUCAGCAGAACUGCACCCUGGUGGCAAGGAUGGAGAGCUUCACAUUGCAGAACAUCCUGCAGGACAUCUUGUUCUGAAGUGGCUAAUAGAGCAAGAUAAAAAGAUGAAAGAAAACGGAAGAGAAGGUUGUUUUGCAAAAACACUCAUGGAGCAUGUUGGAAUGAAGAACCUGAGGUCCUGGGCUAGUGUAAAUCGAGGUGCCAUUAUUCUUUCUAGCCUUCUCCAGAGUUCUGAUCAAGAAGUUGCAAACAAAGUCAAAGCGGGACUGAAAAGCCUGAUUCCCACAUUGGAAAAAAACAAAAGCAACAGCAAAGGAGUAGAGACACUACUUGAGAAACUGUCCGCAUAGGUGGAAACAACAAGAUGGAAUCAUUUUUGCUCUUCUGAUCUGUUUUCCCAGUGCGGAAAAGAAGGGUUAGGGUCCACCUUACUGGUAACUUGGGUGCUCUGUUUAGGAGUUUCUUUUUUGUAUAAGAAUUUAUUUAUAAAAUAAUUUCUAAAAAUGCCUUUUAAAUUUUUUUUUA